AUGGAAGCACAAAAACCUCAGCAUGGGCACCCUGUUGAAAUAAGAGUGGAUAUUCUUGAUGGAGAGCAGAGUGGAGGGAGUAAGGUAUGCGGGGAAGCACCUUGCGUAAUUUAUAACCCCAAGGAUGCCAAAGAACGUUCAGCUUCAAUGCGUAAGCUCUGGAUAGCUGUGGUGCUUUGUGUAGUCUUCAUGAGUGCUGAGGUAGCUGGUGGCAUCAAAGCCAAUAGUCUGGCUAUCUUGACCGAUGCUGCGCAUUUGCUUUCAGAUGUUGCAGCUUUUGCUGUCUCCUUGUUUUCUUUAUGGGCAGCUAGCUGGGAAGCCACACCCCGUCAAUCUUACGGAUUUUUUAGGAUUGAGAUUCUCGGUGCAUUGGUUUCCAUACAGCUCAUCUGGUUGCUUGCGGGGAUUUUGGUUUAUGAAGCCAUUGUUAGGCUUAUCCAUGAUACGGGUGAGGUAGAUGGGUUUCUUAUGUUUCUUGUAGCUGCAUUUGGUCUUCUAGUGAAUAUCGUCAUGGCUCUCGUGUUGGGACAUGAUCAUGGACAUGACCAUGAUCACAAUCAUGGGACUGGCCACAGCCCUGGAAUGACAGUUGCUGCUCAUCACCAGCAUCAUAAGGAGCACCCAAAGCAUGAGGACAAUCAUCAUGACCACUCAAAAGAUGAGCACCAUCUUGCUCAUGAAGAACACGUUGAGCCCCUGCUGGAUAAAGGGGAAGCCGGGCAUGAAAAGAAGCAAAGGAACAUAAACGUACAAGGAGCUUAUCUCCAUGUACUUGGAGAUUCCAUCCAGAGUAUCGGUGUAAUGAUUGGAGGUGGAAUCAUAUGGUAUAAGCCUGAGUGGAAGAUCAUUGACCUGAUCUGCACCCUAAUCUUUUCUGUUAUAGUUUUGGGUACGACAAUCAAAAUGCUACGGAACAUACUUGAAGUUUUGAUGGAGAGCACUCCAAGAGAGAUAGAUGCAACAAAGAUCGAAAAGGGACUGUUGGAAAUGGAGGAGGUGGUGGCAGUCCACGAACUGCACAUAUGGGCCAUUACUGUGGGCAAGAUUCUCUUGGCUUGUCAUCUGAAAAUCAGGCCUGAAGCAAAUGCAGACGUUGUGCUAGACAAUGCGAUAAACUAUAUCAAAAGGGAGUGCAAUAUCAGUCAUGUAACCAUCCAGAUAGAGCGUUAG